UUGAAAAUUGAAAGAGCAAAGAUAAUAUAAAGGUGCAAUUUAAAAAAAGAAAAAUCAAAUUAUAAGAGAAUAGAAAAAAAAAAGAAAAGAAGUUAAGUAUAUUGAAGAAAAGAUAUGAAUCGUGAAGUGAAUAAUAUAGUGAUUCCAUCGAACAAUAACAUAGUGGAAGAAUGGUCGAGCAAUUCGACUAUCAACCGUAUCGAGAAUGACAUAACUUCCAAUUUUUUAGUGCAAUUAAUAUUUUAUAUACUUUACGUACAUAUUUUUAUUUUGGGUGUGUUUGGUAACAUGCUGGUAUGUUUCGUCGUGGUACGAAAUCGACAAAUGCAGACAGUGACGAAUUUGUUCAUCACGAAUUUGGCAUUGAGCGAUGUUCUGCUUUGCGUUCUUGCGGUACCAUUUACACCAUUGUACACGUUCCUCGGUAAAUGGAUAUUUGGCAGAACUCUUUGCCAUUUGGUACCGUAUGCUCAAGGUGUCAGUGUGUACAUCAGCACGCUGACCUUAACGAGUAUCGCGAUCGAUAGAUUCAUGGUAAUUAUCUAUCCGUUCCAUCCUCGUAUGAAGAUCGAAGUUUGUUUACUCGUGAUCAUCGGUAUAUGGAUAUUCGCAUUACUACUCACUUCCCCUUAUGGAAUUUACAUGCAGGAGGAGGAACCAUAUACUUAUUGUGAAGAACAUUGGCCGAACGAACGAUUUCGCAAAAUUUUUAGUUCCAUCACGUCAAUAUUACAAUUUGUCCUACCAUUUUUUGUAAUUGCUUUUUGUUACAUCUGUGUCUCGAUCAAGUUAAAUGAUCGAGCUAAAACGAAACCUGGUACCAAGACCAAUAAAAGGGAAGAAACUGACAGAGAGAGAAAGAAGCGAACGAAUCGAAUGCUGAUUGCUAUGGUCACUGUAUUCGGUAUAUCAUGGUUACCGCUUAAUAUCGUAAACGUUAUCAAUGAUUUUUAUUCGUCAGCCAAUGAUUGGAUAUAUUAUAAACUUUGUUUUUUCAUGACACAUUGCCUCGCUAUGAGUAGUACCUGUUACAAUCCUUUCCUUUACGCUUGGCUCAACGAUAACUUUCGCAAAGAAUUUAAACAAGUACUUCCAUGCUUUUCAAAAGCAAUUAACGGUUAUACUCCGAAAAUUACCGAAGAAUUUCAAAAUAAUAAAGAAUGUAACGGAAAUAAUACCCUUCAGGAAUCUUUAUUAUUGAAUGAAACGCAAAUAAGAAAUUCGAAUCCAGAAGGAUGUGAAUUGAUUACCCACGAAACAACAGCUAGCAACGUGUCGAGAGACAUAGAAGAAACAGAAGCUCUCUGAUUCGACAAAGGUUCAAAUGUCAAUCGAUUAAUAAACAGCUGUACUUUCCCUGGAGGCUAAAAAAAAUAUCUAGUUUCAAUCAAGUACAUACUAAAUUUUUCAUGGAUUAUUAUAUAUUUAGAAUGAAUGGUGGCGAUAAAUUAAAUGGAAGAAAUAUAAUUUAAAAUUAAA